CCUUGAUCCCUGGGCUAAUUCCAUGAAUCGUCCAAAUCUAAAUCCACUGAUGGAGCAACGGCAUACACUGGGAACAGGAAGAGAAAGAGGGAUGGUGGACAAACAGACAGGACGGGGAAGAUAGAAAGGAGCUCAUAUUAAAACGUACAAAACUUCUCUUUGUUCAUUUUAUGAACAGUUGUGCUCCUCCUGAGUCAAUUUAGCUUCCAUCAUCAGUGGGGCCAUGUGCCAUCUGUGUGCCCUUUAUAUGUUUCUUUACAGAUGCACCAGCGACCCAGUGUGCCAACUCAUCACAGGGGACUGUCAAGCCUGGCUGACGUCACCCAUCGAGCCUCUGUAAUCGAAAGAGACGCUAAUCCUGCUCCUCUCCAAAGCCUGGCAGUGGGGUGGGGUGGGACAGGGACGCAAAUUGAGAGAGACACGAGGAAGGAAGUUGGAUACGGGAGACAAAGGAGCGCAUGUAGGCUUUGGGCUAGCAGACGGACUCAGCACGGACCUGGACAAGUGAGACAGGUGCCUUCCAAACUGACAAAGGCAACCAGGCACGCAUCCACCUCCUGAUCCUCUGCUAAACUCCUGGGACACCUGAGGGUUUGGGACCCCCACUUCCAGACUUCGCCCUGGAGGCCAAAAGCCUCGAUGAGGGCUCUGCGGAGGGGGAAUGCUGUGGGAGCUGCACACCUCCUCCUGCACCCCCUCUCGAGUCACCUGUACUCACUGUGGAGGAGCCGGGCCUCACCACUGUGAAACUGUGUCAAGAUGGAGACGACAUCUGCCUGACUACAAGUGAGGGAGAGAUGGAGGAGAUGAGUGGUCAAGAUCCAAAAUGUGAAGACAUGGAAAGGAAGGACCAAAGACUGCCAUUCCAGAUCUUUCCUGACCCUGUUGAGGUUGUCCUGGGCCCAAAGACCACCUUGAACAGCCUGGACCACGACCAUGAGAAGGAGCGUCUACCCUCCAUCGUUGUGGAACCCACGGAGGUAAGCGAGGUGGAGAGCGGAGAGCUGCGCUGGCCUCCAGAGAACAUGGACAUGGAGGAAGACGAGGAGGACCUGUUCUUGGAGCAGUGCAUCCCCCCAGCCAACAUCGCAGACUGGGGAGAAGAGGAAGAGGAAGAGGAAGAGGAGACGUCAGUUAUACUGAACCAGCAGCCAGGCUUGACACUCAUUGACCUUCAGUCGGAUGCAUUUAGAGACGACACCCCCACGCUUCCACUGAGCAGCGCUCCGGCCCUCAACUGACUCUGAUGACUGAACAUCCUGACACUAAGUAUGGCAACAACUAUGACAAAACAUAGCAACCGGGAGUUUGACUGUAACAUAUGAUGCAAAGUGUGAACUGAAGUCCAUUGUUGAGGAAGAGGAGAAAACACAAGUAUCAAAAUAUGUUUUAGGUGUCAAACACUGAUAAACAGCUACGUGCCAACUGUGACAUUUAUAUCAGCGCGUACAAGAAGAGCCAUAUACAGACAUGUGUGCACACAUGGGAACAUGAACAAGGACACAAAUACACAAACACACAUUCUCAGACACGCACAAGUCAGCUUGCUGACAUUGGCGCCAGAUUUGAGCAACAUGGUGUCUUUUUUAAUUGUUAGGGACAAUUUUGCUGACAUUGUGACUUUUCAUUUCCCUUGUUAUUUCCAAAUUUUUAAGGGCUGAGUAAUGUCAUAGGGCUAAAAGAGAACAUCCUGCCAUGGCAACAAAUUUUCUUUAGUUCGUGCUUUGUUCAUUUUCUAUUCUUCAUCUCUGUCUCUGAUACAGGUAACUGUAUCUCUCUGAAUCGACUUGCUGAACUGAUGAAAACUGAUUACACCACCCACAUCUAGUUUUUUAAUUAUCUAAAUUUCUCAAUGAGGCAGCCAUAUCACACAUUAGAUGUCUUAUCUUGCAUUAUGUGAGUGACUAAUGCUGACUAAUGUUGUGAUCUUAAAAAAUCUGCAUUUUCCACAAGGUUACAGAAAUCACUGGUUAGAGGCUAUUUUCUUUUUUGGACAGGCUUGGACAUUCAGUUUGUAUGUCAUGCAUGUUGAACCAAAAAAAGGGGGGCAGCUCUAGUUGCUAACAGUUGUAGGCGCCAUUGAAAAUGGUAGGUGUGUAAUAAAACUCUAAUUUGUGUGUAGGCUGAUUUGUGAAUAUGAAAAAGUUGUUGCAUUGUGAAAUGAUUAUUAUGAAUUAUACAAUAAAGUAUUUUGUCCCACUAA